AUGGGUCCACUGCUGUGUGAUGGACGACUGACACACCUCCUCUUUCCUCUCCUCCUCCUCUUGCGGGCUCCCCUGCUGUUCAGCUUUGGUGAGCGCACCUGCCCCAAUAGCUGCAGAUGUGAGGGGAAAACUGUCCAUUGUGAUUCAUCUGGCUUCAUAGAUGUACCAGAAAACAUCUCAAUUGGCUGCCAGGGCCUCUCCCUGCGCUACAAUGAACUGCACACUCUGCUACCAUAUCAAUUCGCCCACCUCAGCCAGCUUCUCUGGAUAUACUUGGACCACAAUCAGAUUUCAGCUGUUGACAGUCGAGCAUUCCAGGGGGUCCGCAGGCUUAAAGAGCUGAUACUGAGCUCCAACAGGAUCAAAUCCCUGCACAAUUCUACAUUCCAUGGGAUUCCUAAUCUUCGCAGUCUGGACUUGUCCUACAACAAACUGGAAAUCCUGCAGCCAGGUCAAUUCCAUGGCUUACGCAAGCUGCAAAACCUACACCUACGUUCAAACGGUCUCUCCAACAUCCCGAUUCGAGCGUUCCUCGAGUGCCGAAGUUUGGAGUUUCUUGAUUUGGGCUACAAUCGAAUCAAGGCUCUCACCCGCACCACCUUUUUGGGCCUACAGAAGCUGAUGGAGUUGCACCUGGAGCACAACCAGUUCUCACGGAUCAACUUUUUUCUGUUUCCGCGCUUGGCCAACCUGAGAUCACUGUAUCUGCAGUGGAACCGCAUUCGGGUGGUAAACCAGGGCCUUCCGUGGACUUGGUAUACGCUGCAGAAACUUGAUCUUUCGGGAAAUGAAAUCCAGACCCUGGACCCAGCUGUGUUUCACUGCUUGCCCAACCUUCAAGUCCUCAACCUGGAAUCCAACAAACUGUCUAACGUGUCUCAGGAGGCGGUGUCGGCAUGGAUCUCGCUGACCUCCAUCAGCCUUGCUGGGAACAUGUGGGAUUGUGGGACUGGCAUAUGCCCCCUUGUGGCUUGGUUGAGAAAUUUUCGGGGAAGUAAAGACACCACUAUGAUAUGCAGCAGCCCAAAGUAUCUCCAGGGAGAAAAAAUCAUGGAGGCCACGAGGAACCACGGUAUUUGUGAGGAGACUGAUUACGUUCUGACUGAAACACCCUCACCAACGUCAGAGCUCAUUUCUGAAGCCACUGCUGAACCAACCUUUGCCCCGACUAGCAGCUCUCCACCCAUGCCACCAAGCAGCACCUUUGGCCCCCCCCCACCGUUCAGACCUCGACCUAUCCCUCAUCCUACCUUUCCGGGGCAUAUGAGCAAAAACCCUAGAGACUCAGUCGCUCGCACUCGACCCACUCACACACCACCCCCAGAGGUGGAGCACAUGACUCUGCACAAGGUGGUGGUGGGUAGUGUGGCACUCUUCUUCACCAUGUCCCUAAUCUUGACAAUUAUCUAUGUGUUGUGGCGGCGCUACCCGGGUGCAACCAGGUUGCUGCAGCAGCGAUCCAUGGUGGGGCGGAAGCGUCGCAAAAAGAGUCCAGAGCCAGAGCAGAACCUGAGCUCCCAGCUCCAAGAGUAUUACAUGAGCUACAACCCUGCUGCCACACCGGAAGCAUUGGAGGUUCUAGGCAAUGGCACUGGUUCCUGCACUUGCACAAUUUCUGGCUCCAGGGAGUGUGAGAAUGAGUACACGUGUCCACGCCCCCUACCUGGUGCCUGGCUUGGAGAUGUGCCUACCAUCCAUUAACCCCCCACCAACAAAAGUAACUGCUUUGGAUGGUUGCAGCAAACCACAGUGAAACAGGGAUAUACAGGAGAGGGACAC